AUGGAACAAAAAUUAGUGGAUAUGAUUCAGACAAGCGUGAUUGCUUUGAUUAUGAUAAAUGAUUUGGGUAUAGGACGUAAAAAAUUUACUGAAGAAGAAAAAACUUAUAGAAGAAGAAUUUGA